AUGAGAAGUCCGGCAGACUGUGCGACUGGCUAUACCAAAGUCAACCAAAAGUCUCCGUUCUUGAACCUUCGUUUAGCAUGGGGCACAUGGAAUAACAUCAUGCGCUUAGUGGAGAAUCGACAAGCUCAGUCGCUUGCCGCCGUAAACCUACGGGGAUGCGUGGUUACUCGGGCGAGCAGCGAGAUGACUUGUGUCGAGUUAUCCCACAUCAUUGCAAAGUCCAACAGUCAGACCACUAACAAACCGCGCUUUGCCGGAAACUUGGACUCACCGAAGAACGUGCAGACAGUGACGGAGCCCGUACACAUGUCGUUCGAUGAGCCUUUUGAACAUAACAGUGGAGACAGCUGGUUCUGGCUUCUUCAACAUAGGCGACUUCUUGACAAGCUCUUUGGGAUCUAUGUCCAUAACGUAGGAUCUCCACUGAAGAAUGUUUGUUAUGAUCCCAUCAUAGUAUAUCUGACCACUUUCUCCCCUCGGCAUUCCAUCUCAUAA